AGCAGGCCGCACACGCUUCCGUUUCCGCCGCCGCCGCUGCCGCCGCCAGGUCCUUCCAGCCGUGGCCGCGUCGUGGUUCGUGUCUCUCUCUGCACCAUGUCCGGUGGCCUCCUGAAGGCGCUGCACAGCGACUCCUACGUGGAGCUCAGCGAGUACCGGGACCAGCACUUCCGGGGUGACAAUGAAGAACAAGAAAAAUUACUGAAGAAAAGCUGUACAUUAUAUGUUGGAAAUCUUUCCUUUUAUACAACUGAAGAACAGAUUUAUGAACUCUUCAGCAAAAGUGGUGACAUAAAGAAGAUCAUCAUGGGUCUGGAUAAAAUGAAGAAGACGGCAUGUGGAUUCUGUUUUGUGGAAUACUAUUCGAGAGCGGAUGCAGAGAAUGCCAUGCGGUACAUAAACGGGACUCGUCUGGAUGACCGGCUCAUCCGCACAGACUGGGAUGCAGGCUUUAAGGAGGGCAGGCAGUAUGGACGUGGACGAUCUGGGGGUCAGGUUCGAGAUGAGUAUCGGGAAGACUACGAUGCUGGCAGAGGCGGCUAUGGCAAACUGGCACAAAAACAGUGAGUGGAGGGAGCCCAGUACGGCUCCCUCUUGACUGUUGAUGAGCGCGACCCAGGGGUCGGGCAGCUCUCUGUGGCAUGGAAGCCACUUCUGAAAUAUUAAAAGACAGAAUCCAAAAGAAUGCCUUUAAUUCUGGUCUUAUUAGGUUGAUUUUCUGUUACGAGGUCAAAAACUGUAAUCCUGGGCAACAGACUCAUUCUGUGCUGAUUAAACUGUCAGCCGGAAUCUACACUUCAUUUUAAGAACUGACUUUAUAGCUGGGCGAUGGUGGCGCACGCCUUUAAUCCCUGCACUUGGGAGGCAGAGGCAGGCGGAUCUCUGUGAGUUCGAGGCCAGCCUGGUCUACGGAGUGAGAUCCAGGAUAGGCACCAAAGCUACACAGAGAAACCCUGUUCAAAAAACAAGACAAAAAAAAGAAUUGACUUUACAAGUAGUCUGGUAAUCUUCAUGGGGAGUGAUGUCAUUUUUUACAUUUUAGGUUUGCAUGUGUAUUGCUGAGAUUUUGCUAUAGUCUGUAGCUUUGCUCUAAAUUAGGAACAAGUACUUUCAACUGGAUUUGCUUUUUAUAUUUCAAUAUGGCUGGCACAAAAGUCAGCCUUAAUUAAGGUCCUAGGAUGCUACCUGCUUCUGUGCUUUAUAUUGUCAGGACAGUAUCAGGACUUGAAGAAUGGUCACUAAACACAUUCCUCAAAAAAUACAAAUGUUUCACUGACAGUUUAAAACAAAACAAGAAACAACAGAAAACCCAGAAACAAACAAAAACCCCCAAGGACUUUGUUAGACAGAGAGCCUCUGUUAUCCUAAGAAGUCAGGGAAAGACACUUGUCAGCGGGGAAUGGAAUGAAAGUUCAAACACUGCCUUGGACUAGAAUGGGCUUUUAAAGGGGGCUCAGCCAGGCCUAUAAUCCUGACUACUUGGGAGGCUGAAGCAAGAGAGUCAAAAGUUCAAGGCCAGCUGGGGCACCUUUGAGUCUGCCUCAAAAUAGGAACAGAAAAGGGGUGGGGGGGCACAGUGGUUAGGUACUUAUGUGAGUGGUUCUGGGUUUAGGACUGCCUAAACAAUAAGAGUUCGAAACUGGGAGUGUUUAACAACAGAAAGCCUCCUCCAGGAAAUGUCUGUUGUAACUGGUACACAUCCUUCAGUCUGUUUUCUUUUUUUCCCUCAAAUUGUGCUUGCUGAGGCCCGUGCAUUAACAGUAAGCUGGAGGUCUCUACAGAGAGAGUCUAGAGGAUUUUGCGUUUUCUUUCUAAUACUACAUAUGAGUAAUUUUUCAAGAUACAAAAAAAGGGGGGGGGAAUCUUUUCAUCUGUUACUUUUUUACUAAAGCAUCUUCUAAUUCUCACUAGUUUUUCAAAGUUGGGGCAGAACAUCUUUGAGGCUGAAUUAAGUGUGAUUUCCUUGGAGCUGUAACUACUGUAAUGGACCAGCUUAGGAAGCCCAUUUGCAAACACUUAAUGAGGAGACACUUGAGUUUUAAAAUAAAGGUUUUUGUACUGUAGUUUGAACUGUUUAUCAUAUUCUUUUGUAGUAAAAUAUAACUCAGAUUUCUAUAAUCUUGUGACCCAAAACAGUGGACAUUUUAUCUUCUGUAACAAGUUUCAAUAAAUUUAGACCAACUUA